UCUCUGCAGGUUGAACUUCGUGUUCAUUCUGUGGAUCUCAAUGAUAUUCGUGUGCUCGAGUUACCCAGUUGCCCCUUCCAUGAGCAGCAAUCCUUUCUAUUUGAACUGCCAGCUGUAUGGAAGGGCUGAUGACUGCCUCGUGCUGCUGAAGAGCUGCUUGGCCAAGGUGGGCAGGGCUGAAGAGCUGCCUUUUCUAAAGCCUCUCCUGGGGCUGCCUCUCCACAAACGUUCCUUCCGCAACGGCGUUGGCUCAGGAAUUAAAAAAACUUCCUUCCGAAGAGCAAAGUCCUAA